GAUGUAGGGAAGGGAGGGAGCAGCAAUCCCAGGCUGUGGUACUGGCCAUGACCUGUUUGGUGUGGGACAUUGGCCCUGGGGGUACUGUGGGACUGCUGCUGCGCUCAGUGAUGCCCCUGUGAUGUGUUGUCAAGGUGCUGCUGCGCUGUGCUUUGAAAAUCUAAUUGAACAGGGAGGCAGACACGUGACAUGUUCCUAUUUUCACUUUCUUGGCAAUGUACCGUUUAUUUGGAAAAGCCCCCAGCACUCCCGCCUGGGGCUGCUGGCAGGAAAUGCCCAGCCUUGCACGGAGAGCUGAACGGUGCUGAGUGGGUGGACAGCGAAGAAAAGUGGAAGUCACAGCACAGCUACUUUCCUCCCACUGCGCUAACUCCUCCGAGACGUCACUAAGCCAGCCUCCGGGGGAAAAACAAGCGCUCACAGCCCGCCCGGCUCAGCGCACACCCGGCUCUUCAGCCCAGCACCUGCGGAGGAUGCGCAUCCGACAUGGCCCUCUGCGCUGCCCUGGCCCUGUGCGUGGCUCUGCUGCUCGCUCAGACAGCACAUGGUGAGCUGCGGUUAAAGCCCACACGUGUGCGCUUCGUGGCGGAGAUGAUGCACCACCUGCUGCAGUGGGAGCCAGGCCGUGAUGCUCCCAGUGACACCCGCUAUGACGUGGAGCACAAAAUCUAUGGCACCGACAGCCCCUGGACCGCCAUCCCGAACUGCAUAAAGAUCCGUGGGCACAGCUGUGACCUCACCUACUACACCCUGGAUCCCUCCCGGCGCUACUAUGCCCGGGUGCGAGCUGUGGUUGGGAACCACACAUCUGACUGGAAAAGGACCAAUGCCUUCUCCCCACAGGAAGCCAGCCUGCGCCUGUCUGGUCACAGCUUGGCCGUGAUGGACAACAGCAUCCAUGUGAAGCUGCAGCUGCUGCUCCGGGCAGGGAACCGCACUGUGAAAUAUGACGACAUCCAGAAGCACGCGAGGCGGUACCGGGUGUACAUCCGGAGGGCACGGGACAACCAGACGUAUGAAGUGUGGGAGACCGCCUCAGAGUUCCACAUCCACAACCUCUUCUGGAACACUGAGUACUGCAUCAGUGUGGAGCCCGACGUGGCCAGCCGGCACAUCCCUGCCACGCGCACCGCUGAGCAGUGCAUCACCAUUGGCAACAGAGACAGAAAUGCAGAACUCAUCCCGAUCGUUGUCAGCUCCUUUGCCAUUGUCCUCUUCCUUCUGGGCAUCCUGGGGGCUCUGCUGGUCUGCAUGUACCUAAAGAAACCCAUGAGGCCACCAUCUGUCCUGAAGUCCUUCAUAAAGCAGAGCUCGCUCUGGAUAGAACAGGAGACUUCAUCCUCGGGGAGCACAGAUGCAGUGCAGCAGCUGUUCCUGUGCCAGAAGGACCCCCAGCUCCACAGUGCCCUCAGCACCACGGGCACAGCCCAGCCACCAACAGAGAAGAGCAGCCUGCUGCCAGCGUGGCCCAAGGAGCAGGCAGCAGGGAGCAGGGACAGCAGCUGCACCAGCACAGACAGUGGCAUCUGCCUGCAUUCUUCCUCUUCAUCCUCAUCUUCAUCUUCCUCCUCCGAGCUGAGCCACUCUGAGAAAUGUGGCUACAAGCAGCAGCUGCCUGUUGGUGAUGACAGUGGUGUGGGCUUGGAGAGCCCUGCUGGGAGCCUCAUGGAAGCUACACAUGGAGCAGAGCCUGAUUUCUGCCCCACCAUCGGGCAGGACAGCCCACAAGAGGUGGAAUUCCGUGGAUACCUGCAACAGUCCAAGGGCACGGUGGAGCUGAGGCAGGGGCAAGCUGAUGGUGGGACACUCUGGGCCAGUGCAGGAGCUCCGUGGGGCCCGGCUGGCACCAACAUUGUGCUGGAUAUGGGCUGCACGGAGCUGCCGGUGUCCAAAGGGUACCUGAAGCAAUCCUCUCCUGAGUGUCCGCGCAGCCACACUCCAGCCCUUGCUGCCCCGGGGUCCCCUAUGCUGACCAAUGGGGCUCCCCUGGCCUCCAAGGCCAGUCCUGAGCUCCUGAAGGUCCCCCUUGACCUGGACAUCUUUGACACUGACCUGAUGGGGACGCUACCCCUCAUCUCCAGCCUCAGCUCCGACGAAUGGCUCACAGUGCAAACCAACCCGCUGAGCACACUCAGCAGGGACAGCAAGGACAGCCGCCUGUGAGCCCCCUGUGACCCUGACACCACUACCUCUCAUCACUGCCACUUUGGAGCAGACACUGGAUAAGCUACCGCCGACCCCUGAAUGUCAGCGCAUCGACCUGAGCACAACCUUGGCAGACUCACCCCAGAGCCACUGGCAUCGCUACAGCUGGGGCAGCUUCCCACCAAGCCCAGCACAGCCAGCACCCCAGUGACACUAAUGGGACAUGGGGAUGGGCUGUGCUGGACCACCAAGACCAAGGACGUGCACCAACUCCAUGGCACAGAGCACAGCCCUGGCUUUGGGCUCCCUUUGCCAAGUUUCCAUUCCCCACUUCCCCUUCCUGCCACCCGAACCUUUCACAACACCGAUACCAAAAGUGCAGCACAGCACCACGUCAGCUUUCUCCGUGCUGCUGCAGGGAACUCCCGCCUUGCUGGCUGCUCUCUGAAAGUGCCAGGGACUCCUUCAGCCCUACAGAGCCUGCAGCCCCACACCAGUGAGCCCAGCAGUGCCCACCACGCACUCAGCACGAUGGUCGAUAUUCUGCCAUUUUAUGUACAGAUACUAUUUAUUCUAUUUAAUUUGUAAAUACAGAAGGGGAUGAAGCAUUA